AGAGAGACAAAAGCGGAAGAAAAAGGAAUGGCGGAAUCAAAGCACAGAAUCCUUAAACUCGAAACAGCUUUAACGUUGUUGUUCGUGCUGGUUUUGAGCGGAUGCGCGCAGAGCUUGCCCCCUUCAAAAUACGAUGGGUUUUUGUACGGACAUCACCUAGUUGACUCCGAUUCGAUCCUAAUCGAAGCUUUCUUCGACCCGGUCUGCCCAGACAGCAGGGAUGCCUGGCCGCCCCUCAAACAAGUCGUCGAGCACUACGCCCCUCGCGUCACUGUGGCAAUUCACCUCUUACCGUUGCCUUACCAUGACAAUGCUUUCGUUACUUCUCGGGCUCUGCACAUCGUAAAUCAGCUGAAACCUUCUGCUACAUUCCCAUUGUUGGAGUGGUUCUUCAAGAAUCAGGAGAGGUAUUAUAAUGCUCAAACUCGCAACAUUUCCAGGGUUGCUGUUGUAAAUGACCUAGUGAACUCUGUCACAGAAGUGAUUGGGAACUCCUAUCACAGCGCCCUUGAAUUCGGCUUCAGUGACCUGAAAACGGAUCUGAAAACAAGGGUUUCCUUCAAGUUUAGCACUUCAAGAGGGGUGUACGGAACACCUACUUUCUUUGUCAAUGGAUUUGUAUUGCCAGAUGCUGGCUCCAGUCUGGAUUUUAACGGGUGGAAAAAAAUCAUUGAUCCGUUAGUUGUUGGUAACGGGGCGCCAAAGAGCCAAGAAAGUGUGCAAUUCUUCUUGUGAAGGACUGAGCUAAUUGCUUGAUGUGCUUGGUUGGUUGAAGAAUAAACUCAACAAUGCUGGGUCCAGUGUAGAUUUAUCUGUGAAUUGUAGUCAUGGAAUUAUUGAUCUGUAACAAUUGUGAAAAAGGCAUCCAGUCUGCUUGAGACUUUUGUC